CUUCUUCACCUUAAUCUCCUGCCACAUUUUUCUUCUACUCACAGCCAUGGAUAGCACCGAGUCCCGUACGAUGAAGGCUCGUCGAGAUGCCUACAAAGCAAAAGGCGCCCUCAAACAGGACGACCUUAGACGUCGUCGUGAAGAGCAGCAAGUCGAGAUCCGGCGACAGAAGAGAGAAGAAAAUAUCUCCAAGCGAAGGAAUUUUGUGCCAUCCACUGGCGCAGACUCAGAUGAGGAAGUCUCCACUGGCACUUGGGAUCCCGAGACCGCCGAUGACCUUAUGUCUGCCGUUUUCUCCAACGAUCCGGAAAAACAAUUGGACGCGACAACCAGGUUCCGGAAACUGCUCUCCAAAGAGAAAAAUCCUCCCAUCGAACGCGUCAUUGAAUGCGGCGUCGUUCCUCGGUUUGUCGAGUUUUUGCGUACCGGAUCGUCGAUGCUUCAAUUCGAAGCUGCCUGGGCCUUGACCAAUAUCGCCUCGGGAACUGCAGAGCACACUCAGGUUGUUAUUGGUGCUCAAGCUGUUCCAGAGUUUAUCAAUUUGUUGUCAUCACCGGUUCAUGAUGUGCGUGAGCAAGCCGUAUGGGCCCUUGGCAACAUUGCUGGUGAUAGCCCUCAAUGCCGAGACUAUGUCCUUCAAGCGGGAGCUUUGAGGCCCUUGUUGGCAUUGUUGAGUGAGCAGCACAAGCUCAGCAUGCUCCGCAACGCCACUUGGACCUUGAGCAACUUCUGCCGAGGCAAGUCUCCCCAGCCUGAUUGGGAAUUGAUUUCCCCCGCCUUGACAAUUUUGACAAAACUUAUCUACUCACUGGAUGAUGAAAUACUCAUUGACGCGUGUUGGGCAAUCUCGUACUUAUCUGAUGGGUCCAACGACAAGAUCCAGGCUGUUAUUGAGUCUGGAGUUUGCAGGCGCCUCGUCGAUCUGCUCAUGCACGGCUCUACUUCUGUUCAGACCCCUGCUCUCCGUUCCGUUGGAAACAUCGUCACGGGUGAUGAUCUCCAAACUCAAGUCGUCAUUGCUUCGGGAGCUCUUCCGGCUCUCUUGUCUCUCCUUUCAUCGCCCAAGGACGGCAUCCGAAAGGAAGCCUGCUGGACAAUCUCCAACAUCACCGCGGGCUCUCCGCCCCAAAUCCAGAGUGUUAUCGAUGCCAACAUCAUACCACCACUCAUUAACAUCCUGCAGAACGCGGACUUCAAGACACGCAAGGAGGCUUGUUGGGCAAUUUCAAAUGCGACGUCCGGAGGCCUCCAGGAGCCGGCACAGAUCCGUUAUCUUGUUUCGCAGGGAUGCAUCAAGCCCCUCUGUGACUUGCUCACGAUGAUGGACAACAAGAUCAUCCAGGUCGCGCUCGAUGGGCUGGAUAACAUCUUGAAGAUUGGCGAGAUGGAUAAGAAUGCCGCUGGGCCUGGAGCAGUGAACCAAUAUGCUGUAUUUGUUGAAGAGGCAGGUGGUAUGAUCACAAUUCAUAACCUUCAACAGCACGACAACUUGGAGAUUUACAAGAAGGCGUUUAACAUGAUGGACAAAUACUUCCCUGAUGAGGAAGAGGAUGCAUCUAUCGCGCCUACUAAUGUGGACCAAACUGGUGCCUUUGCUUUCCACUCGGACGUCGCCGCGCCCCAAGGUGGAUUCAGCUUUGGGCAGUAAUGGCUUUGAUGAAUUAUACGUACCUACAUACAGUUUUACCUUUGGCAGUUAAGAUUGUCCUUUUUCCUUUUCCUUCUUUACACGUUGUGCACCAACGCAUGUAUUUUGCUCUUCACCCAAUGAAACUGUAGUCCAUAUAGCAUGCAAAUAGCAUGCGCACACCAUGUUAUCACCGGGUAUAAUAUACAUAUAAAACACAGC